CGCUAUUUUUAUAAUUUACAGAUCACCAUGGCCUUAAAGGAUGAUUUUCUUUUCAUUUUCUCAUGUAUGCUUGCAAUUUCCCUCUCAUCAUCAAUCUUGGGACGACCGGCCACCUUUCUUGAAGAUUUUGGAAUCACUUGGUCUGAUUCCCAUAUUAAGCAAAUCGAUGGAGGGAGGGCCAUCCAACUUAUUCUAGACCAAAAUUCAGGCUGUGGAUUUGCUUCCAAAAGGAAGUAUUUGUUCGGACAUAUUAGCAUGAAAAUUAAGCUCAUCUCCGGUGACUCUGCCGGAACAGUCACCGCUUUUUAUAUGAAUUCUGAUACAAAUACUAUAAGAGAUGAGCUAGAUUUCGAGUUCUUGGGAAAUCGAACCGGGCAGCCUUAUACUGUCCAGACCAAUAUCUACACUCAUGGAAAGGGUGACAGGGAACAAAGAGUAAACCUUUGGUUUGAUCCUGCUGCAGAUUUCCAUACUUACACAAUUAUGUGGAACCAUCACCAUAUUGUGUUCUAUGUUGACGAAGUGCCAAUCCGAGUUUACAAGAACAAUGAAGCUAUAAAUAUCCUAUAUCCAAAGUUACAGCCUAUGGGAGUGUAUUCAACGCUUUGGGAAGCCGAUGAUUGGGCAACAAGGGGAGGCCUGGAGAAAAUUGAUUGGAGCAAAGCUCCUUUCUUAGCUUAUUACAAGGACUUUGACAUUGAAGGGUGUGCUGUUCCAGGACCAACAAGCUGUGCCUCAAACCCUAGGAACUGGUGGGAAGGCACUGCUUACCACGCCCUUAAUGCCAAGGAAGCUAGAAGAUACAGGUGGGUUCGUUUGAACCACAUGAUCUACGAUUACUGUACCGACAAGUCGCGAUACCCGGUUCCCCCACGAGAGUGCCUAGCCGGAAUCUGAAAAUCCUACCCAAAUUUCCCUAUCCAACUCAGCUGUCCAGAAUAUUGAUAUACCAUACGUCUCAUGCCGUACUUUUACAUACGUCUCCUUUUUUACAAUAAUAUUUGUGUAGUUAUUAUUGUGGCAUAAAAUAUUUGUGAAGUGAAAGGUGCACGGAAUUCUUGAAUGGGCAAAGUCAACUUCUGUUUGUGGACAUGUUUUUGUCCGUAUUUAUUUAGUGCAUAUUAUUUUGUGCCAGUAAGAACUUUAGCCCGAACGAUAAUUUAUUAACUCGACAUUUUCUCCA